AAGAGAACAAUGAGCAUUUCUCAGGUAUGAGUCAUUCUCUUACCCUGCAUAUAUAUAAAACGCAGUGGUCAAGAAGAUUAUUCAUGGUCCUCUCUCCUGAGCUUGAUAAAGUACACAGCAGCACCAUUAAGAAAGGAACAGGUACAAUCAUCAUGGCAGCCACUAGCGACUCCUCUACAUCAAUGCCAGAAACGGAGAUUCAAAUCAGACAAUAUGCUGCCAAAUUCUUGGGUUGCCUGGAGAAAGGGAUCGUCAUCACCUCUGCCUUUUUCCCUCUGAUUGGCAUUGUCUCGCCAUUGAUUGGUACUAUGAAGAAAAAACUGGUAGAAGAUAACAAUAUCAAGUUGCUGGAGAAGGAGUUCCAGCAGAUUUAUGACAAGUUGGAGUGCAUCUCUCAGCAGACUGAGCAGAUGCUGGACCAGAUCCAACUUUCAGAGAUCCAGAUAAACUAUGGUCAGCACGAAAACAGCAUCAAGUACCAGUACCAAGCUUUGAAGAACAUGAUGGAUUGCAUUUGGAAAAACCCUGAAAACAGUGAUCAGUAUAUAGAAGAUUUUAAGAACAUAUAUGUAAAUCAAAAUGGCAUAGGCAAUUUGAAAGUGUACUAUGACGGCAUCAUGGAACACCAUGGUCCUUUUGGGCAGCCACUACUGAAAUGUUAUCAAAAGAACUGCAAGAGGAACAAGAAGAUUAUGGAGGCUAGAUGUGCUCAUCUGAACUACCUCUUCUACAUCGGCCUUAUUGCACAGAUAGCCUACGCGGAAGUCAUUGGAGAUGAUCAGGAGGUCGCGAAAGAAUGGGGCCAAAAGUUCAUCGAUAUUCAGACCAAGAUGCAAGAAGCCCUGGACGAGUGUAACGAGUAGAAGUGAUGACAAUUUCUCCUUUUGUAUUGUUUCUGUGCCUUGUUAUUUGAACAGCACCUAAACCUUCACAAUUUAAUUAUUGUGAUCAGUGUAAUUGAUUAAUUUUAAAAUAAAAUAAAUUUCCUUUAUCAACAAAA